AGUUCAGUCGAGACUGUUCAGUAGAAUGGACGCUUAGUUCGUAGUUUUAUAAUCUCACGCGCGAUUGUAAAUGUCUGUGAUGAUUUAACUAAAGGACUUUAUUUAUAUUAAUGAACUGUUGAACGUAAAUUUUCGUAACAAUGUAUUGGUUAAUAUUCGGUGGUUUUUUAGUGACUGUGUUUGGAAAAAGUUUUAAUAAUAUUGACGUUCCACCGAGAGGUUGUGAAUGGCAGAUGCAACUAAUUGAUUCGAAUGUAAGUGAAGAAGAACCAGUGCUCUACUGUCAAAUUAGGACUAUAAAUAGUGUCGAACUCGUAAUUAGAAAUUUGACACAAGCGGAUUCAGAUCGAGUAUCAGUAUUAAUGUUAGAAUGUAACGAUGUGCUAUUUUUUGAAAGUUCCUUAGAAACAGCUCGACAAGGUAGUUUUUUAUCGUCUUUAAAACAUUUGAAAGAUUUAAGAAUGGAAAACUGCAAAAUUCGAACUAUUCCAGCCGGAGCUUUUUCUCAACUCAGACACCUGAGGAAAUUAUCUCUCAGAUCGCAUAAUUCAGAAUGGUCAGCUAUGAAUUUAGAAUUACAUCCCGAUAGCUUCAGAGGAUUAGCAGACGUAAGAAGAUUAGAUUUAGCCGAUAAUAAUAUUUGGAGCAUACCUCAAGAAUUGUUUUGUCCUUUGUUUAAUUUGAAUCAUUUGAAUUUGACGAGAAAUAAACUACAAAACGCAUCGGCUUUAGGAUUUUCCGAUUGGGGAAGUGGGCCAUUAGCUCCAGGUACAGCUUGCGCUAGUAAUUUAGAAGUUUUGGAUUUAUCCAACAACGAUAUAAUAUCCUUGUUAGAUAACGGAUUUUCGGCGUUAAGAUCUUUGGAAGAACUUCAUUUGGAAAACAACGCGAUUUCGACUUUGGGAGAACGUGCAUUUGUCGGUUUAACUUCGUUAAACUCCUUAAAUUUAUCAAGUAACUGUCUCGUUGGUUUACCACCUGAAUUAUUCCAAAGCACUAGAGAGUUGAGGCAUCUCUAUUUACACAACAACUCCCUUAGUGUCUUAGCUCCGGGACUUUUAGAAGGAUUAGAUCAACUUCAAGUUUUGGAUUUAUCUUAUAACGAAUUGACGAGUCAUUGGGUGAAAAGAGAUACUUUCUUAGGAUUGGUUAGAUUAGUAGUACUCAAUCUAGCUAAUAAUCAUUUGACUAAAAUCGAUUCUAUGUUAUUUAGAGAUUUAUACACGUUACAAAUUUUAAAUUUGGAAUAUAAUAAAAUAAGUACGAUAGCAGAAGGUGUGUUUGCGGAAUUAAAAAAUUUACACGCUCUAAUAUUGACACAUAAUAAUUUGGUACGUAUCGAAAGUUACCACUUUUCUGGAAUGUACGCUCUAAAUCAACUACUGUUAGAUUCCAACGAAAUAGAAUAUAUACACCCCAGAGCAUUCGAAAACGUGACGAAUUUACAAGAUUUGAUCCUGAACGGAAAUAUUUUAGGUACAGUGCCGCCCGGUAUCGGACAAUUACGAUUCUUAAGAACUUUAGAUUUGGGUAAAAACCAUAUCAAAUCCGUGACUAAUGGUUCGUUCGAAGGUCUAGAAAUGUUGUACGGUUUAAGGUUAGUCGACAAUCAUAUUGUGAAUAUUUCGAGAGACGCUUUUUCUACUUUACCGUCUUUGCAAGUGUUGAAUUUAGCUUCGAAUAAAAUCAAAUUUGUAGAACAAAGUGCGUUUUCCAGUAAUCCUACGUUGAAAGCGAUACGGUUAGAUUCCAACGAACUUACCGAUAUUAGUGGUGUAUUUACGAAUUUAAAAACUCUCGUUUGGUUGAACGUUUCAUCGAAUAAAUUGUUAUGGUUCGAUUUCAGUCAUUUACCUGUCAGUCUCGAAUGGUUAGAUAUGCACGAUAACCAAGUACCCGAAUUAGCGAAUUACUACGACGUCAGAAACAAUUUGAAAAUAAAAAUGUUGGAUGCCAGUUAUAAUUUAAUAACGGAAAUAAAAGAAAAUUCAGUACCCGACAGUGUAGAAACUCUAUUUUUAAACAACAACAAGAUAACGACAGUGCAUGCUAACACGUUCAACAAUAAGAAAGAUUUAGAAAAAGUGGUUUUGUACGGAAACGAAAUAAAGUUUCUCGAUUUGGCAGCGCUAAGUUUGAGUCCGGUAACUAAUGAAAAAGAUUUACCGCAAUUUUAUAUCGGAGACAACCCUUUUUAUUGCGAUUGUAAGAUGGAAUGGCUCUUGAGAAUUAAUCAUUUGAGUAACUUGAGACAAUACCCUCAAGUGCUUGAUUUGGAUGCGGUCACGUGUGAAUUAGCCCAUUCGAGAGGCGCGCCUCCACAACCUCUAUUAUCUUUAAAACCUUCGAACUUUUUAUGCCCUUACGAGGCCCACUGUUUUCCGGUUUGUCACUGUUGCGAUUUCGACGCUUGUGAUUGUGAAAUGACGUGUCCGGAUCGUUGUACUUGCUAUCACGAUCAUACUUGGAGUUCGAACGUAGUGGAUUGUAGUAACGCCGAUUACACCAACGUUCCCGAGAAGAUUCCUAUGGACGCUACUGAAAUUUAUCUAGACGGUAAUGAUCUAGGCGAGUUGGGUAGUCACGUUUUCAUCGGAAAGAAAAAACUCGAAGUUUUGUUUUUGAAUAACAGCAACGUUAAAGCUUUACACAAUAGAACUUUUAACGGAGCCAACUCUUUGAAAAUUCUUCACAUGGAAAAUAAUAAAUUGGAAGAGUUACGCGGCUUCGAAUUCGAUCAAUUAGAAAAUAUUAACGAACUCUAUUUAGAUCACAACGAAAUAAGUUACGUUAAUAAUAAUACAUUUAAAAAAAUGCGUAAACUGGAAGUGUUGAAAUUGGACGAAAAUAAAAUCGUGGAUUUCGUCCCGUGGACUGAAGUAGAAACGGUUUCGCAUCCUCGUGUUACCCUCGACGGCAACAAGUGGUCUUGCGAUUGCAAUACCCUGAAUCGUCUCGUAGCCUGGAUUCGAGAGACAGGUGGAAAUCCCGCUAAAAUGUACUGUGCCGAUUUAGACAAUUCCGAGACUGUCGCCGAUGUUAUUCAUCGUUGCGAGUAUAUGGACAACGCUAUCGCAACUUCGGUAAUUCAACGUGAUGUUUUGAAAAGCCAUCAGUUAUUCGGAGGCGGUAGUUACGUACCGCUUUUGGCGGCUACUCUAGUGGCGGUGAUUAUCGUGUGUUUAUUGGUAGCCAUCAUGUUCGUUUUUCGGCAGGAAGUUAAAUUGUGGGCGCAUUCUAAGUACGGGGUGAGAAUUUUCCAAGACGUCAGCAGUGAACGUGACGGCGAUGACGACAGCGACAGACUCUACGAUUGCUACAUGGUGUACAGUCACAAAGACGAGGAUCUCGCGUCUAGGGUGAUUGCGCCCGAACUGGAACAACUGGGCCAUACGUUAUGUCUACAUUACAGAGAUCUACACCUAAUGGGUGGCGCGUCCUAUCUCGCCGAUGCUAUGGUUGGAGCGGCCGACGCUUCUAAAAGAGUAGUACUGGUAGUAUCCCCAUUACUUAUCUGCAACGAAUGGUCUCGUCCUGAAUUUCGAGCUGCUCUUCAAGCUGCACUCAGGACAACGUAUCGACAAAAACUAAUUUGUAUUCUGAACGGCGAUCCUUUGGAACCGAUGGAUCCCGAAUUGAGAGCUUUGCUAAGAGCUUGCACAGUUACCAGAUGGGGAGAAAGACGAUUCUGGGAGAAACUAAGGUACGCAAUGCCUGAUGUAAUUCACGGUUCGACUGCUAGAAGAAAUAAGAAGCCUCCAGAGAUUAGGUGUAAACCUCCCACGCGCUACACUCCCGCCCCCACAGCACACGAUUCUUGGUGUAAAUACCAGCCGAUGCCGGGGGUGCACGCGGUAGCUUUAACACCAACCCCAACACAAAGUACGUACGUGUCUGGAGAAUCUGCGCGUAGUACUGAAGAUGAAGCGGGGUCUAGUUCUAGUAGUCAACAUUAUGGUUCUGAACAAUUGAAUCAUAGUUACGUGUCAAUUGAUGGGCGACCUCCGCAGUACAGUCAGUACCCGCCUUCGAGGAAUGAAAUACCGCAUCAUGUUUAUUCCACCAUCCCAGAUGCUCCGCCCCCUACUAGAACGUAUUUCGUUUAAAUCGGGGGCAUAGAUAAUUUUUCAAUUAUUAGGCCAGUCGGUUGAGGAUUCAAAUUUAUUAUUUAUACAGGCAAUUAUACAGGGUGUCCCAUGACGAGAUAAAACUAUCUGUAUAUGGUAAAAUAUUCAUAGUAGAAUCAUGAAAGUUUCUAUGUAUGAGUUUUCGGAUACGAUCUUUUUAACUGAAAUGUUUUCAAAGAUGGCCGAAUUCCGAUUCUACCGGAAGUCGACUGUAACUUUGUUAUUUUAAAUGAAACGCCCUAUAUGUUAGUACAUUUUUGAAAUUUACGUAAAAUUUUAGUAUAUUUUUGUCUAAAAAUUUUUUUCGAAAAAAGCAUACUUUUUGAGUUAUUAAUUUUUUUGUAAAAAAUAUGACCACUGCAGACCCUUAUAAAUUUAUUUUUUACGUGGAUACCUUUAAAGAUAUGAAAAUGGUUUCUGUUCAAUUGCUUUUAGCAAUUUUAAACGUAUUUGAAUCUAUGUUGAAAAAUUUUUCAUGUUAUACAGGGUGUGUAUAAAAAGUGAUCAAAGUUUAACUUCAUAAAUAUCAAAUUCCUUUUUUUUUAAAUAGAACCACCCGUUUUUUUAUAUUUUAAUGCAUUCAAGGGUAAAUAUUGAGACAAAUUCGUGUGUACUAUACCUAAACCGUACCGUUAUCCAGAUAUUAAAUGUUUUCUAUUAAUUUCUAGAGGUGAAGGUGUGGUCUAAAUUUUAUAAUAACGGUAAGGUUUAGGUAAAGGAAAGUGUACAUGAAUUUACUUAUUUCUUACCUCUGAAUGCAUUAAAAUAGUAAAAACCGAGUGGUUCUAUUUAAAAAAAAAUAAAGAAAUUUGAUAUUUAUGAAGUUAAACUUUGAUCACUUUUUAUACACACCCUGUAUAACAUGAAAAAUUUUUCAACAUAGAUUCAAAUACGUCUGACCCUUUUCAUACCUUUAAGGGUAUCUUUGUAUAAUUAUAAUAAUAAAGGAUCUGUAACGGUAAAAUUUUUUACAAAAAAAUUAAUAACUCAAAAAGUAUGCAUUUUUUGAAAAAAGUUUUAGACAAAAGUAUACUAAAAUUUUACGUAGAUUUCAAAAAUGUAUUAAUAUAUAGAUUGUUCUAUACAAAAUAACAAAGUUAUAGUCGAUUUCCGGUAGAGCCGGCCAAAUAUUUUAGUUAAAAAGAUCGUAUUCGAAAAUCCAAACGCGGAAAUUUUCAUGAUUUUACUAUAAGUAUUUUGCCACAUAUUACUACUAAAUUGUUUAAAUUUUACAAAUCGCAUUUUUAUCGCAAAAGUAACGGUGGAUUUUCUUGAACAUUUUUUUUAUGAAUGAACAAUGACGAAGAGGUGUUAUUAAGUCUAUCAAUUGGUGCAUUCAAGCAUAUAUUUUGAACACUCAAUCCUAAGCUAUUCAACCUUUUCUAUCCAUUACUUUCUUGGUUUUUCUUGGUUUUCCUUUUUUUAUGCACCCUAUACUGUUCUAAUCAUUUUGUCUUCUCUCAUUCUUGUAUGUAUUAUUUCUAAUCCUGUCUCUUUUUACCUUCUAGUCUUCUUAUAUGUGUUGGGGUCCAUUUUUUGUUAUCUCCUCUAUUAAACCCUAUGUACUUGUAGCUAUUUACUUAUUGCGGAUUUGUUCCUUUUAUGUGUAUCUCAUUUAUUUUUUGUCGUGACUCAAAAUGCAAUAAAAUGUUUUCGUCUCAUUUAUCUUCAUGUCAAAUUUUGAUUCUAUGUUUUCUUAAGGUUUUGUUAAUAGUUCGUAUUCAGAGAUACCAAAUCAUUUUUUGGGCUUACCCCACAAAUUCUGAGCCUUCCUAUACAACCUAAAAGUUUCUUGGUGUUCCCAGAUAAACGCAAGAUCCAUGGAACAUUUCACCGGACUAUCUAUCUCAUCGAGAGUUUUCUCCUGAUUAUUUAAUUGUUUUUUUUAGACAUAUGUCUUUUUUUAAAAUUACGUAGCGCUGUAUUAGGUCUGAAGCCGUUUUGAGUGUUCUAACGUUUUUUCAACAAGUUUUAUGCCACUUUCUAUCAUUUUUUUCUGUAUAAUUCAAGUAUAAAAAAACAAAAUUCAAAUAUUUGACAUUAUGGCGUUAUUUGGAAAUUUCAGUUCUCAAUUUUCGACUGGUCCGAAUUUAAAAAGGCUGUUUUCACUUAAUAUACUGCGUAAGUUUCUGAUAUUAUAUUCUAUAUAUUCUAUAAAUAACAUUUUCGGAUAUAAUUAGAUUUGAAUUAUUAUGUCAAAUAGUGAAAAUUAUGUUGUAUAUUUUGUAUAUAUUCGAACGAGAUUAAUAUUUAUUUGUAAUUUACGAUAUACUAAUAAAAAAGGAAACGUUAAACAUAUCGAAAUCGAAUCAAACUUUUAGUGUGUGAUGACUAAGUUCGAAGUUAUAAAAUUUCAGUUUUCUAGAGAUUUGACUACAAACUAUAAGUAUCUUUGGAAGUAUAAAAAUGGUUAUAGUUCUUCUAAUAUCAAUUGCAGAUUAUUAGAAACCCUUGCCGACAAUUUUAUUUGACCUACCAUGGACGUAGAAACCUCAUUUUAUAAAUUUAUUCUUCUUAUAAAUACUUUUAAAAAUAUUUAUAUCUUAUGCGAGAAAGUAUUGGAACUUAGAAACUUGUUACAACUGAAUAGUAAAUUAUAAAACGUAAAUAGACGAGUAAAAUGUACGUGCCUAUAAGGUAGUUUGGUUUAAACAGAGUACCAGACAUGAACUGAGCCAUUUUUGUACCCAAUUCGUUUUUCUUUCUGGCAAAAUGAAGUCCACGUGGACUGACGUUUUGUUAGAUAUUUACUGAAUUUUAUACGGGGAGUAAACAUUAUUUUUCAUUUCAUAAUUUGGUAUGAGUGCCGUUCGUAUUUAUGAAAUCGAAGUAUUUGAUAUUUGAAGAACUAUAAUUCUGUUCUUGUUGCUAUCAACUUUCAAACGACUCUAUAAAAUUUCUAUUAAUUUUAUUCUUAAAAUCGAGGUGUGAAAUGAGACGACAUUUCAAACAGCUGUUCCCAUUUAACUGUCACUAAAAGCGACGAAACCUGUAUUUUACAACUAUAUCAUAAAAAAUGUCCUCUAUUUUCAUAUUCUAUGUAAUAAAUUACAUUGAAGAUUAAAAAAAAAUAAUCCGUAUAUAAAUUAGCAAUAAAAUAAUCAUUUAUAAAUAAUUCAAUAGCUAGUUUUGAAGAAGACGCUUCGAAAUGGUUUAUUUAGAAAAUUUACUGAAAUAGUGGUAGACCGGGGUCGAUAAUUUUUGAAACCAAAAAAAUAAUAGUAGGAUGGAACCCAUUGAAAUAGUAUAUAAUAAACAUAAAAGGAAAACUAAUUUACGGGCGAUCUAAAGUUCGGAACGGAAAAGGGAUGAGUUUUUAAGGUUAAAAAAUAGUUUAUCUCGAUUUCCGGUAAAACUACGAAACUUAUGGGAAAAAGUCAAAUAGCAAAGUUGUAGGUAAUAAGAAGAUAUACAACUUUUGUGUUUACACUUUUUUCUCAUAUCUUCAAAAUUCAUGUGGGAAAUUCAAAAAACCGCUUUUACUUCAUAUCUUUUAGGCACAAAACCUUUUUUUUACAUAAAAUUUGAUGAAAACUUAUCUCCUUAUGUCGUAAAUAUACUGCAAUUCACCCUAAUUUUUGUACGAAAAUUCUCACGUCAAAAUAACAGCUGGUGUAAAAAAAGUUACUGUUUACUAGAUUGUCUAAAAUUUAUUUUUCUGACUCUUCUAGUCUUGUUUUAAAAAUAAUCUUUCACUGUUUUGUGAAGCUUAAAGACUUAACUAAAACAGCAAAUAUAAAAAAUAAAAUCACCACAAAUUUAUCCAAAUUCACUUUUGCUUGAAUUGUAGAGAGGUAGUGGAAAAAUUUGAAUCAAUUUCCAGGUUUUAUUGAAUGGAGUGGAAGGUAGAUAACAAAUUAAAUUCUUCAAAAACUCGAAAGUUAGCAACAAACAAGUUUAUUGAAAAAAAUGAAAAAUCCGCAUUAACCAGCGUAUCCAAAAGAGGACAACGAAUAAAAGUGAUUAUAAAUUAAAUCAGAAUUCUAUAUAUCUUAAAGAUAAGGUUGGGACUUGUCUAUGGAAAUCCGGGAUGGUUGCGGCCAUCAACUAAAUACCCAGAUGUUUGAGUUGAGGUUGAGUUUGUUCGGUUGUUGUGGCAACUCUCAACCUGGCAGUUGUAGAACGAACAGCGAAUAUAAAGAAUAAAAUCAGCACAAAUUUAUCAAAAUUUACUUUUGCUUGAAGUGUAGACAGGUAGAUGAAGGAAUUUCUGGAAUGAAGUGGGAGGAAGAUAACUAAUUAAUCUCUUCAAAAAUUCCAAUGAAAGACAAUUAUCUACUUUACGAAAAUUGUUUGCUGAAAAACAAUUACUCGAUUAUUAUCAACAGUUUCAUUAAGUAAAAGACGUUUUUUCUCUAAUAAACUUAAUUUUAAUACUAAAAGUCCUUGUUUACUUGUAAUUAUAUUUAAUUUAAUACUUGCGGUGCGUACUGGGCAACAAGUUUAGUACCUAAUUUCGUGAUUCAUCCAUAGUUUGUAGUUGAUUAGUUGGAUUAGUCUAAUCUAAUGAUAUUUUUAACAAGUGAGAUCGUUUCGAUAUUUUUAACUCGAUCUUUUAAUUACUGAACGCUUAAUAGUCAUUAUUUUUAAGUACUUUGUAUAUAAUUUUAAUCUUACUGAUAUUUAAGUCAAGACUGUUAAAUAUGUGAAAUAUCUCUUAAUUUAUGAGAAUAAAUCGAAUUUUUUCAUAUAAA